CAGGAAGGGUGUAGACGCAUUGGCAGAGUGUGGAGACCGUUAACGAAACCGUCGUUUGUAUCUCGGUGGCAUGAAGAUCGAUAUCCCUCCGGCUGUGUAUUGAUCCGUGGACAUGGAGAAGCUGAUCGGGUAUUUUGUGCUGUCUGUGGCGGUGCUGCGCGCAACCGGAGAUAAGGUGACGGACAAGUACUUCGAGGACGGUGGUAGCCUCGAACUCGAAGUGAGGCCUCCUCACCCCGAGACCAUCACAAACAUCCUGUGGAAGUGUGAUGGUAAUCUGGUGGCCGAGUGGUAUGACGGCAGUGUAGAAUUGGAGUACUACGGCCGCUACAAAGAACGCACAACCCUGGACAAAAAGACUGGACUAUUGGUCAUCAAUAAAAUGAACAAAAACGACACAGGCCUGUAUUCAAUGGAGAUCAACAGCAAGGUCCAGAAUGAGAUGUACAGAGCUAUAUUGAUCAGGAAAGUCCCCAAGCCAGUGGUGGAGCUGAGAACACUGACAUGCAGGGAUACUUCAGAGUUUUGUAAGGUGAGCUGUAAAGCAAACCUCACAGACGUCGGACCCGUCACCUACAGCUGGAAGUUUGGAGACAAAGACUGGGAUAAGUUGGAGGGAAAGGACAGGAAUAUCACCAAGACUGAGAAUAAAGGAGACAAGACCAUCACCUGCAAGAUAACUAACCCGAUCAGUAGUGAUGUUAGUAACCCUGUUGACAAUUGGCUCUUCAAGGUGGAAAGCAACGUAGGCGGUGUAGUUGGAGUUGGAGUUGGAGUUCUGGUUGCUGUCUCAAUCGUUGUGGUUGUGAUAAUGUGGAAACGUAAGAAAUUAUGCUUCAGCACUCCUCCUCCUCCACCUGAAAAUGGAGGCCCAAAAACUGAACUGUCAUCUGGAGGCCCAGACAAUCAACUGUCACCUGAGAAUCAACCACUCAACGUCAAAGAAACUUCCUUAAGUCGUGACACCCUUGAUUCCUAGAAACAGGAUCAAAUCUGUCCUCGAGAGCACUGUUGCUACAGGAAACCACUUUGUCCGAGCAGACCGCUGUGUGCAUCAUCGCCUGUUACUUUCAUUGGAAGGAUUCUCAUACUUCCCUGCCAAAAUACUGAUGUUUGUGGGAGGAAAUGAUGAAAUGGUGUAAUGUAAAAUUACACAUGUAUAGGUUGUUGCUAAUGGAGGCUGGGCUAUAUGCAGCAAAUAUGAAAUAUGUAAGAAACAACUCAAUACCUGUCAUUCAGCUACAUUUCAGCAUGCAAUCUAAAGACACAAGCCCACAUAAUACAAACAAUAUAGUAAAAGUGUGAAAUAUUAGCUAACCCAGCUCUGAAAUAACAAAGCAUCUUAAGUUUUUUUAUGUUGUUGGCAAAUGAAAUGCUUUUUUAUUGUUUUUAAUGGAAAAGAUGGCUGACAAUCUUAUCUCAUAUCUCUUCUAAUAACUUGUCUGUGAUUGUUUGAGUGGUUUCACCGUGAACAGAAGUAGAUCUGGGGAACUGUAUGAUCCUUCAGUGUGAAUGGACUCGAUGAGAUGGAUGCACUUAUAAUUAUAAAAAAAAAGAAAAAAAAAAAAGUUGCUUGUAAUAAUUCAAUUUAGGAAUGCUGCCAUUGUUUUUAUCCUGCUUAAAUUACUAAUUGGAGGCGAUUGUGCUGAUAUAUGCUUAUUUGAUAAGUAAAUAAAGUGCACACAUAAAAAUGGUUUAAUCUGCAGAGUUCAGAGUUUAUGUCAAAGCAUUUGGACAAUUAUUUUUAUACCAUUGAACAUCUGGAUAAAUCUUUGUCACAUAGUUUAGUGGAUUCUUGUGUGUGGAGGGUUGAGAGGAGACAUUUUUUUUGAUAAUUUAUUGUAGUUAGUGUUUUAAAGUAUUGUCUUUCAUGUGAAUUAUCUUUAUAAAGUGCCUUGAAAAUAAACCUUCCACUCUGCUGAA